GGUCUUGGGAAUGUAUUUAAUGUUAUAGCGUUUAUAUUUGGAGCCAGUCGAGUCUGACUCUCGAGGACACUUGUCGUGGAAACGUGUUCACAAACCAAAAUGUUUUUAUUAUAUUUAAGUGCAGUUUUUGUGCUGAACCUGGAUUUUACUGUUGCAGAUUGCAACGUAGUGAGCAAGAAAGAUUGGGGUGGCUUGGAUCCAGUGCACGUAGAAUACCUCCCCCGACCUUUAGACCUGGUGAUCAUCCAGCAUACAGUGACAAGCACCUGCAGUACCGAUGACUCCUGCGCAACAAUCCUACGCAACAUACAGAACAACCAAAUGGACAACCUCAAGUUUUGGGACAUCGGCAUGUCGUUCCUGAUAGGAAGCAAUGGCAAAGUGUACGAAGGCUCGGGUUGGCUGCAUGUAGGCGCUCACACGUACGGCUACAACCGGAAGAGUAUCGCUAUCUCAUUCAUUGGAAACUAUAAUGACGACAAGCCGACUCCCGAAGCUUUAGAAGCAGCUAAGGCGCUGAUCAAGUGUGGUAUAGAGCGCGGGCACCUGAAACCCAACACCCACGUGGUCGGCCAUCGCCAGCUCAUUGCCACGGAGAGCCCCGGUCAGAGGCUGUACACUGAGAUCCGCCGCUGGCCCGAGUGGCUUGAGGAUGUCAGCAGCAUCAAGAAUUAAUUCAGUUUUGUUUACUGCCAGCACUCUGAAGAGACUAACACAAACUCAAACUCAUUAUUUAAGUUUCUUAUCAAGAAUAAAAGAUUUGAAGUAAUCCGA